AUGACAAAGCACGAUUUAACGGUGCUCGUGGAAGCGCGCAUUCACAUCUGGCAUCUCAAUGCCGGAAGCCAACGAAAAGAAGUAGUGUUGCCAACUUUCGGUUGUCGUUUAAAACGCGGGAAACAAAUAACAAUCGCGCAACAACGGUGGUUAUAGGAAAGGAGUGGAUGACGGGUCAAAUUUUGUUUUUCAAGAAAGUUUUGAUAAUGGAUACAAGGAAGGUUUUCAAACAGCUUUUAUUCUAGGAAAGUUUAAAAGUUUGUUCAAUUCUAUACCAAGAGAUGCCGAAUACCCGCAAAAUAUAAAAGAAAUUCUUGAUAAAACGAGAAGAGGCGCGUGUAAUAUAUGUGCAGCAGAAUUUCAGGAUAUAUACAAUACAAACAAGAAUUUCGACGAAAUCCUUGAUGAACAAAGAUCAUACUCCAUGCAAGUUCUUCAAACGCUGUACAAGUAUUUUCAACCAUAUGUAAAGCAGUUAAAUAUCAGCGAGCCAGAUAUAUUAAAAAUGCAAGAUGUUCCAGAUUUAGAUAAUUAA